UAUUUUUAGCUAUGAAGGGUAUAUUUCUAACCCUCUUGAUAAAAAGUUCAAAAUGAGCUUCUUUUGGUUGUGUUUUCUGAAGAUUGUUAAUAGGCUUUAAAUUCUUUUAAUCAUUUUUCCCACUUGUUUCGAGGGCUUUUGAUUUGUUUUUCUGAUGUAAAAUUAGAGGGUCGAGUUGAAAAAAAGUAAAAGAAAAAUGAAAUCCUUGAGCAGUGUAGGGCUUGGUUUGAGCAUAGUUUUUGGCUGUCUUGUAUUAGCUUUGAUUGCUGAAGUAUAUUAUCUGUUAUGGUGGAAGAACAGGUUAAGAACAAGCACAGAUCUUGAAAAUGAUUUAAAAAAUCCAGAAAUUAUAUUUGCAGAAGAAGAGCAAAGUCGUCAUCAUCAUCAUCAUCAUCAUCAUCAUCAUCAUCGUAAUCUGCAAUCGAACAAAGAUUUGUUGUUGAAGCCUUUAGAUGAAGAGCAUGGGAAUGGAAAUGGAAAUGGAAAUGAUGAGCAGCUGCCACCCAGAUUUCUCUUCACAAUUACUGAAGAAACAAUGGAGGAUUUGGAGUCUUUUGAAACCCCAUACUUAACCCCUUUUUCUUCACCUCCAUUUUUUACCCCUCCACUAACUCCAAUUGAUGUUGCUUGUUUCAGUCACCAAUUGGGAUUCAACCCUUUGUUUGAAUCCGAAGCUGAUGCAAAUUUUAAUAGGUUAAGUUCAUCAUCAUCAUCAUCAUCGCUUCAUCCUCCAGCUUCGAGGUUCAAGUUUUUGAAAGAAGCUGAAGUGAAGCUUCAUAGGAAACCAUUAAAGGAAGAUGUUCAUAACAAUGGCGGAUUUAAGCUUUCUUCAGAUUAUCUCAGAGAGGAAGAAGAUGGAUCUUUUAUCACAAUCAUUGUUGAUAACAACAAAGAAGAAAGGUUUAGUCACAUUAAUCAGCACCAAAGUCAUACUCCUUCUCAGGUACUUCGUUUUAGUUAAGACUUGUAAUUCACGUAUUCUUAUCAAGUAUGUGGAUUUUAUCCUAUCAUAAUUUUAUGUGGAUAAUUUGUGUUAUAUCGAUUUUGUAAGUUCAUAAUUAUAA